AGCGCGACAGCGUGAGGUACCGACCGGAAAAGGGAUGUGCAAGGCUUCCGGUCACGGUUCUUGGCCGGCACCGGAAGUGGAAGCUUUCCUUUUCCGGCGUUGUCAUGGCUGCGACUCUGGGGCAGAUCUGUGCUCUGGUGUUGGUGGCGCUGCUGUGGGGCGGCUCCAAUCCGCUGCUGAAGAGGGCCACGGGGAAAAUGGAGCCUGUGCAGGAGGGGAACCGGCUAGUGCAAUUGCUGCGGGAGACCAAGUCCUUGUUUUUCAACUACCAGUAUUUGGUGCCCCUUUGCCUCAACCAGUGUGGCUCCCUGAUCUACUACCUCACCCUGGCAUCAACAGAUCUGUCCCUGGCUGUGCCCAUCAGUAAUUCCCUGGCUCUUGUUGUCACCCUGGUUGUCGGGAAGUUCCUUGGGGAAGACAUUGGUGGAAAAUGGGCUGCCCUGGGAAUGGUGCUCACCAUCUCUGGAAUCACGCUCUGCAUUGCAAGUUCAGUGGGCAAGACAGAAUAAACAGCAGGACCCUGUGGCCAGCCCCAUCCAGAGACACCGGAGCCUUGGAGCAGGGAACCCUAGACUGGGGGAUCUUGAGCCACCUAUGCUUGAGCUUUCCUUGAGAAAACUGUCUUUGCCAUCUUCCUGGCAGUGGCCUUUUUCUUGAUGACUCAAUGAAGUUUAAUGGGAAGAAGAUAGACUCAGGGACUUUACCACUUUGAGCCGGAAGUUUCAUGCCCCAAAAGCUCCUCCCCUUUCUACUUUAGUGUGUGACCUAACAUCUCUCACAACCUUGGCCUGCCACCAAUACUGUGGUUUGUGCAGAGCACCUUGGGGUGUCAGGUGCAGGGUACUCCUCAAGCUCAAACUUAGGGGCUUUCUUGGGUUGCCGAUGAGUCAGAGCCCACAGGUGCAGCAGUCAGUUAGACCCCUUCCUCCCCAUCCCCACUGGCAGCCCAGGAGGGGGCCCCUCAUGCCUUAAACUGAAGAAGGCUACCUUUAUCACUAGCUUUUGUUCCUCUAGCUUUUUCCUGGCCCAGACUUUAAAGAGGGUUGCUGUCCAGAGAGAUGGGUAAACAAGGUUCAGACAACUCAGAAGCAGAGGAAACUAUUCUAUUAAGCCAGAUCCUCUCCCAAAGUGUGGGCUCCUAUAUCCUCCCCAUGCCCCCUUGUGACAGGCCUUACAAUGUAGAGGAAUGGUAGCUCAUCUCUUCCCCUGGAAGCCAAAGCUUCCCCUUCCCAGCAAGAUACUGGGGGGGGGGGGCGCACGGGUGGGGAGUGGGAGCAGAGACAGAUAUAGCAGAAGAGGGUGAAUUGGUUCAAUAAAAGCCUGUGCCAUGGUUGCAGAUGGAAUGCUGGCUGGGAGCCAGGGUAAGGAAGGGAGGGAGGCAAGUGGGGCUGGGCCACUUGGUUUUCUGGAGCAGCAUCCAAGUUUGGUUCCACACCACCUACCCUAGGCAACAUUUUCCAAGAAACAGGCUUCUUCUACCAUUUCUUCUGUCCUCUGGAGGAAAAAGGAGCUCAGUCAACAAAAGGGAGCCAAAUUGGGUUCUAGAGCAGAGACCUCCUAUCAGUGCUACAAAGGGCCCUUGGAGACCAUCUGGUUUAACUGAAGAGAUGAAGGGACUGACUAAUUUACUGUACAAAGAUGAUAUUUGCUAAAGGUAGCAGAGCUCCGUAGACAACCUGAGUGCUCCCCUGGAACAGGAUAGACCCCUAGUGGUGAAAUCAUGGGAAGAUUACAUAGUCCACAGGAGGGAUAGGCAUGGAUGGGGGGUGAUCAGCGUCACUGAUAAGUGAAUCUAGAUCUAUUUGAAUGUGAUGGCAGAUCUGGGAUUAGAACCCAGCCCUUUGGAUAGCUAGUUUUAGGCUGGCUUCCCCUUGACCAGGUUGUUAGACAUUCCUCUCCAGCUAAAUCCAAAGCUAUUUUAUUCCUAAGGACAUAAGUCUCCUACCUGAUCCAAGGGAACCUCUGUCAAUGUAGUCCCAUCCUCUGGUACUUCCUGGGCACCUGCUAGUUCCCUCCUGGUGUAGGAUGCACCAUACACACCCCUUUCUCCUAAAAGGAAGGAUGGGGUACAUGUUGACUCUGUAUUGGGACCACAUGAGCUAGAGAAUGCCUCUGGCCUGGAUUUCUUCUCUCCUAGCCACUGGGUUCUCCUUUUCACCUCUGACCCACAGUCAAGGAUUCUUUCCUCCUUUCUCCCCAAAUUAGUCUUUCUUAAACUUCCUUCCUUAUACUGACUCCUUACCUUAGUAGUUUUUGGCCACCAAAUAGACCCAUGGCAUUGAGGAACACGAUACAUUUCUAAGUCACUGGCUAAAUCCAAAACCAAAGUUUUCCUCACAGACCUAUGCCUGUGAGGUGGAAUCUGAAGGCAUCUUCUGCCCCUCUAGCAGGUGUGACACUUCACUUUUACAUCUGUUUACAAAGCACUUUUCUCACUAAUCCUUAAGGAGGGUAAUUGCAGACUAGCUUCAGAGAAGGAGAAAGGGAGCUUCAGAGAGGUUUGGGAGGUUCCCCACAGCUUGGAAUCAGUUGCCUUUUCCCAGCCCAUCUGUAAGAUACAAGGGCAAGGGAGGACUUGGAGGUCGACAAUGUUGGGAUUGUGACCCAGAUACAAACUGCUCCUUCCUUUCAAGAUCAGCCCUAUUUCUGGGGAUCCUUUCUCCUUCCCUCCCCUCCAGUAGGGUGAGUGUGUGAGAGGAAGAACAGGAUAAAGGCAGAGUCACAACAGUGCUGAACUGGGAGUCUGGAGAACCUUGGUUUGACUCUCACCUUGGUCAUGUAAUAGCUAUGUAAUUCACCUCUCUAAAUCUUAGUUUUCUUAUUUAUAAAAUAGGCUCACUAUGUCUAGUCCCUGGUUCAAACUUGUUCCAGGGGGCAGGGGACAGCUUACCAGGCUGAAGUGGGAGGCGUCUUCUUAGAUGGGGUCGGGCCAUUUUAGGUCUGGUAAAGAAAACUGAUUCCUUCUUAGAAGGCUGGACCACCGGAAUCCUGAAGCUGCCUGCCUUUGGGGGAGGAAGGGAGACAUCUUGGUCAAGAGCUCUUGUGGCCAGGCUGAUGGGAAGCCUGAGACACAGCUAGAACCCUAGAACCCCCCUCUACCAACUCUCUAAUUCCCAUGGUCCUGUUUUGCAUCUUUAUAGGUAUCAUUCCUAUUGUCAUACUGGUGGCCUCAGUCACAGGGAUGAUGUUUCAGAGGUCUCCUGGACUAGGGGUCAGGACUCCUGAACUUGAGACCUGUAUCACUAUAUAGUGUAGGACUUUCUCCAAGUUUUAGUUUCUUCAUAUGUAAAAUACCUAAAGUGACUUGGCUCUAGAAAUUUCCCAGGUCUUUUUUUUUUUUUGCUUUAUCAGUCAUUCUUUUUCAGCUUCGCCACUAUGCCCUUCCCCACCUUUUCCUGGCUCUCCCACCUACCUUCUGCCCAUAGGCUCUGGGCUCAGGUCUUGGUGGGUACCUGUAACACAGAAGAUAAGGAUUUAAGUAGAUUGCUCACCUUCAGAAGAAUCAAAAAGUUGCCAGGCCAGGACUCUAAAAUAAGGCUCUCAUAUCUCACUGUCCAUCCAUCCCCAUCCCAUCUUUAUGCAUUUCAGCAACACUUCCCAAAUCCCAACAUACCAGCAGCCACCAGGCAGGGAGGGGUUUGGCACCAGAAGUUCCAGGUAAGGCAGGGCCUUAUACUCAUCCUCUGAUACAGCCACAUAGUAACCCCCAUUCACCAGGGAUUCUCUGCCCAAUACUGGCACCCCCUCCAGGGUACAGAGUCUGCAGGAGAGAAAGUAAAGGGCCACCCCUUGCAGGGAUGUACCUUAGAAGAUAGCCAGAGAAAUGCUUGCUAAAGUUGUUUGAGAACAGACCCAGUGUUAGCAUUGAACCAAGAUUUUUUGACACCACUAAAUUAGUCAGAGUUAGAACUGAAAGGGGCCUUAGGGACCAUCUAAUCCAACACCCUUAUUUUAUAGGGAAGAAAGAAGUCGACCAGUGAACAAUAAUUAAGCAUCUACUAUGGGCUGGGCACUAUACUAAGUGCUAGGGGUAUAAAAAAAGGCAAAAGAGCUCCUGCCCUCAAGGAGUUUAAACUGUAGUAGAGGGAGGCAACAUGCAAAUACAUAUAUAAUAUACAUACAUACAGAGCAAACUAUACACAGGAUAAUAAGGAAUUAGAGAUAAUUAACAAGGCACUAGAAUUGAGAGAGGUUAGGGAAGGCUUCCUAUAAAUGAUGGAAUUUUAGUUUGGACUUAGAAGGAAGCCAGAGAGGUCAGUUAGUUGAGCAAGGGUAGUCCAGGCCUGGGGGACAGUCAGAGAAAAUGCUUAGAAAUAAGAUGAUUGUGGAAUAGCCAGGAAGCCAUUGUCAUUGUGCUGGGGAGUAAGGUGUAAGAAGACUAUAAAGGUAGGAGGGGGCCAGGUUAUGAAGGACUUUGAAUUCCAAACAGAAGAUGCUUUUGAUUCUGAGGGCAACUGGGAGCCACUGGAGCUUACUGACUUGCUCACGGUCCCUUAACUCUUAAACUUAAAAGCCAGAACCCUUUCUGUGGGGCCACAUGGCCUUUCUACCCCAGGAUUUGGAACAAGGGAGCCGAGUUCAAAUUUCAUUUCCUCAAAGGCUUUCUUCUAGCUUUAAAUCCUAGGAUUGGAACUCCCUAUAGUACAGUGGGAAGCCAAGUCUGAAGGCCUAACUAAUGGUCUCUAAUUCAGUAGGUGAUCUUGGGCAGUUGACUUUUCUGGGUUUCUUUCCUCAUUUAUGCCUUUCCUUCCACUGGUCACCAGGCCAACCAAACCCUGAGAGUCACCAAAGAAGCUCCCUUAGCUCUCCUUCCUGAGCCCAGCACCUACCUGCUCACAGCUCCACCCUUCAGCUUGGCUUUCUCAGUCAGUUGCUUCAGCACUGUACCCCAGUCCUGAUGGGAGGUACCUGGCAGGUGUAGGCUAAAAGGAGGGCUAAGCAGGUCCCCAUUUCUGAAUACCCUAGGACAAGAAUAGAAUGGGGGCUUAAGAGGGAAAACUCCUGUUUCUUCUUGCCCUUCUCCCCACUCCAUCUGAGGACUUCACAAAGCUCUGUGCUAGCUGUCAUUUAUGGCCUUAGCAGUUUACCUCCAAACCAGGAUGAGGGGAGGGAGGCCCAGAGUUUGGAGAUCCUUGAUGGGGCUAAUGAGUUUGCCAUUGUGGAACAAGUCCACUAUCCAUAGCAGGGUCUCCCUUGACCUAAUUCCCAUUCCAUUUUCGAAGUACCCUCAGUACUCACUGAAUUGUGCAGGAAAUUGAGGCUGGGAUCCUCCUUCCAGGAGACCUGUAAUUUGGUCUUGGGAGAGUUGGAGGAGCCUGAUAAAACAGGUUCCAACAGUUACUUAGUGGUGCUCUGUGGUUGGCAAAGGGCCUUAUUCAUGGCAUUUCUAGAAAAAUCUUUUUCUUUUUUUUUUUUAAACCCUUACCUUCCAUCUUAGAAUCAAUACUAUGUAUUGGUUCCAAGGCAGAAGAGUGGUAAGGGCUAAGCAAUGGGGGUUAAGUGACUUGCUCAGGGUCACACAGCUGGGAAGUGUCUGAGGCCAGAUUCAAAGUCACAGCUAGCAAAUGGGAGAAGCUCCUGACUCCAAACUCAGAGUUCCUUUUACUACAGUAUACUGCCUCCCAUCCCCAGGAGUAUGGUGAGGGAUCUGUGAAGCUCAGUGCUAUUUCUCACUUCAGCCAGGUCCCUUCCCACCAUUGGCCUAUGCAUAGUUCCUUCUAGUUAGAAUAGUCUUCUAUUCUAACUAUUCUAAUCAGCCAAACCUGAGAAAUUCCAAGCAAAAAGAAUCCACAUCCCAGCCUUCUACCUACUUUAGUCUGCUUUAUUUGUCACAGUCAACUUAAGCCUGGGUGUGGGGAGGACAAUUGAUAGUGCUCAUUUCAUAAUCCCCUCUUGAAGAAACUGGGCCCCAGGAGUUUUAAGCAACUUGCCCAGGGUGACAAAAGAAGUGACCAUUGAUAGGACAUAAACUCCCCUUACUCCAAAGCCUGUGCUUUUCUGUGUGAAAGUUGGAGCUGUGGCCAAUUCAGGGAGGCAGGAUGGGCCUGGGAGCCUACUGGGUCCAAAAUGUCAAGUGGCAAAUGUGGGAAGGUCUUGGUAGGAAGAGGGAAGGUCAGGGAGGGUGAGAACAAUUUCUUCUCCAGAACCCACCAGCAACCUGAUGUUUUUUCGGCCUGGUUUUUCCCCUCCAGGAUAGAUAUAACUGGAAGACACAGAAAAUGUGAUCACCUAAGUUAUGACACCUCUUCCCAAUACCACCCUCUCCUCUCUUCCUUUCCCUUCUGUGAUUGUGAUUGUGCAGCUAAAUCUCCUCAGCACUACAGCUGUAUCAGAUUUAUAUUUCCAGGAUUGGAGAGGAGGAGUCCUGAGAGCCUUUAGGCAUCAGAGCUCUGGGAACAGGAUGGUUCAAUUUUUUUUUCCAUCCUGCCAUUUUGAAAACUUGCAGCUUGAUUCCAUUUGGCCCUUGAACUGAGUUACAAUUGGGCCUGGUUUCAGUAAUGAGUAUUUGAGUUGUGAUCUUUUUGAUUCAAACCCAAGGUGGGACCUGGGCCUCCAGGAUUCCUCCUCCAAAGGUGGAAAAAGUCUAAAUUGGGAACCCUUCCGGGUCAGUGAGAUCAGUCCUUCCCCUUCACACAUAGAUCCUUAUUUUGGCCAAGUCCAAAUCACCACAUUAGACAAUAUUCAGGGAAGGCAGCGUUUAGGCUUAGAGAGUUCUUAGUUUAUUAUAGAGGCAGAGCAUGGAACUAGGCCCACAGAUAAUGGAAAAAAACAGUGUCUAAUAAGUUAAGGAGAAUGAUGGGGGAUGUGGAAGUUAUUUAAGAGAGCUUCCUAAAGUCUGGUGGGGGUGAGAAAAUGGGUAAUAAUUUUUAGCUGCCCCCAGAGGUCCCCAGCCAACUCACGGCAACUUCCGGAAACGCUCAAAGCCGGCAGCAACAUACUCCCCACCACUCCGAAGCUCUGACAAGUCAGUGACAAGGUGGCCACUAUGAGGAGUGUAGAGGGUCCGAAUAGCCAGAGGAGCCUGUAUGACUGCUGUCACCUCAUUAAGAAAUGCCUCGAAGGUGGGGAAGCGUCGGUGGGUGACCACUAGCCGGCGUCCUGGGGAGAAGGAGUCUCCAUUCCUGUAUACCACUAUCUUCCUAGCCACAGGGAGCCCAGGAGCAGUGGAAGCCAUUGGGCUGCUGACCUAAGCAGGCCAGAGACGCUCAGGCGUUGCUAGGCAGGUGGGGCAAAGAAGGGAGGAGCUAUAAGCCCUGACUAUAGAAGACAGGCUUAACUCCUUCCCCUUCUAGUCAGUUCAGUCAUUAAAAGCCUAAAGUGGCAGAGGGACCACAGGGUUCUCAGCCUUGGAGUUGGAAGCUGAGAGGGAGCCUAAGAAAGUUUACCUUAAUUUUUGGAACAGGUGUAGGGGCAUAAUUUUGUUGGGAGGGCCUGAUCCUUGUGAAUAUAGAAUCUCCAAGCUAGAGGAGACUUCGAUUACCUGGUCCAGUCGUUAUCCUCCAUAUCAUCCCUAUCAACUGGUUCAAAUCGAGACCUCAGGUUUUUCCCCCCCUAUGAAAGGGAAGCUACAUAAUCUGGAAAGUCUUUUCUAUUUUGAAAUAAAAGAUUUGAUGGUUCA